AUGGAGGCGCUGAGUAGGCUAGUCGAGGGCUACCAUGACUUGAUGGACAACAAGAGUGACCAGAGGGUGAAAGACUGGUUUCUGAUGUCGUCGCCCUUCCCCACGCUGGCGAUAUGUCUCACCUAUGUGUUCACAGUCAAAGUGCUGGGACCGAAGUUUAUGGAAAAUAGAAAACCGUUCGAGUUGAAAAAGAUAUUGAUAUACUACAACUUGUUCCAAGUAAUAUUCAGUAUAUGGUUGUUCUACGAGAGUUUGAAGAGCGGUUGGUUCACCACGUACAGUUUUCGGUGUCAACCUGUUGACUACUCGAGGUCUCCAGAAGCGAUGCGGACAGUCCACGGUUGCUGGUGGUACUAUUUCUCAAAAUUCACAGAAUUUUUCGAUACGAUCUUCUUCGUAAUGCGCAAGAAGUUUGACCACGUGUCGAAGCUCCAUGUGAUCCACCACGGAAUUAUGCCCAUGUCAGUGUGGUUCGGAGUCAAGUUCACACCAGGCGGUCACUCAACUUUCUUCGGAAUGCUGAACACCUUCGUACAUAUUGUGAUGUACUCAUACUAUCUCCUGGCUGCCCUCGGUCCUAAGGUUCAGAAGUACCUUUGGUGGAAGAAAUACUUGACAGCGCUACAGAUGGUUCAGUUCGUGCUGGUGUUCCUGCACGCGUUCCAGCUGUUGUUCAUCGACUGCGACUACCCUCGCGCCUUCGUCUGGUGGAUCGGAAUGCACGCCGUACUCUUCUACUACCUAUUCUCAGACUUCUACAAACAGGCCUACCUCAAGAAAGCCAAAAGAGAAAAAGCCAAAGUAAAGGUUGAAGCAGAGGCCUUGAAGUCAGACACGAAAGACAGGAUGCUGCCUCUACUCAACGGCUUCAGUAAUGGAUCCGCGCUCGGCGACGUCCGGCAAAGGAUGGCGGGCGCAGUCGCGUCACAAUGA